AUGAGCGAUAUCUUGAACGAUGCCAGAGUUGUCAUUGCCACCACCACUGAUGUUGAAACUAUCCCUGAAGGUAUCCCCAUCCUCAUCACCCAUGAGUUCGAGAUGGGUGCCCCGGAGGAGAAAGAGCGUGAAGGUAUUCUGCAAAAUGUCGUCACCGAGCGCGGUAUCAGACUGUCCGCGGACGUGGGUCUUGGUAGCAUUGCUCUGAAGACCGCAGCUCUUGUUGCAGGAGACCUGGUUGACGUCGUGGAACGAGCUGCCGGAGCAAGAACAGCUCGUCUCGAAAGUUUGGCCGAGGUUAGCAAAAAGCUUUGCGGCUCGGGGGUCUUUGUGAGAGACGUCCUGCUGGCAGAAUUUGACGCUGCUGUCGAAGCUGCGCGCAAGAACUUCGCCGAUUCGAUCGGUGCACUAAGAUUCCCAACGUUGGCUGGGACGAUGUUCUCGCUCAACUUCUUCUCCGCAAACGUGCGCCGGAUAUUCCAACGCGCUCGGGAUGCUCGUCCCUGCGUUGUCUUCUUUGAUGAGCUGGACUCUGUUGCGCCCAAGCGUGGUAACCAGGGAGACAGUGAUGGUGUUAUGGACCAUAUCGUCAGUCAGCUGCUCGCAGAGCUGGAUAGAAUGAACGGCGGCGAGGAGAAUAGCGGCGGAGUUUUCGUCAUUGGUGCGACUAACCAUCCCGAUUUGCUUGACACUGCUCUUCUCCGCCCUGGUCGCUUCGACAAGAUGCUCUACCUGGGCGUGUUAGAUACACACAGGAAGCAGGCGACUAUCCUUGAGGCUCUGACGCGGAAGUUCGCUCUCCACCCCGAUGUCUCGCUUGACCGCGUUGCGGAACAGCUUCCUUUGACUUACACUGGUGCUGAUUUGUAUGCGCUCUGCUCUGAUGCCAUGCUAAAAGCUAUCACUCGAAAGGCCACUGCGGUCGACGAGAAAAUUAAUGCUCUGCCAAAUGGUCCCGUCAGCACUGCUUGGUUCUUUGAUCACCUUGCCACGAAGAAGGAUGUCAAUGUGAUGGUAACCGAGGAGGAUUUCCUGUCUGCUCAAGGAGAGCUUGUGCCAAGUGUUAGCGCCAAAGAACUCGAGCACUUCGAGCGCAUUCGUCAAACGGUCGAAGCAGUAGACAAGUCAAAGCAAGACCCCGCCGCCGCCGCACCACAGACAAUCGCCGAGGCAAUGGAAGCAUUCAGCCUGGGCGGCUCGGCUAUACCAGAAGAGGCACCUACCACCAAUGGCGACAGCCACACGCCCGGGGGUAUUCACGGCUGCAUCACAGGCCUGAACAAAUGGUCAGAGAACCUUGUCCGCAGCACCAGCGGCCAGUCAACAACCAGCAGCAAAGGCAAAGGAAAGAACGUCAGCACCGGUGCGGAAUCUGAUGGAUCUGUUGAUGGUGAUGAUGAGGAUAUGGCAGAUGCCAAUUCCGAAGAGGAUGAAGAUGAGGAUGAUUACGUUGUCCGGACUGAUCAUUUGAGAAACCCCAUGGAGGAGGUUGAAUAG